AUGCAAGGCAGCGCAUCGAGCCGCCAGGCACUGAUAGCUUUCGCAGUCGGUGUCUGCCUCAGCGAGCGGCCGGCCGCCGGCGCGGCGCGCGGCGACGCACCGCCGAUCUUCCUCAAGCUGCACAAGGUGGGCUCGACGACGGCCGCGGGCUUCUUCGAAUGCGCGCAGCGGCGAGGCGUCUUCCCGGAGCGCUGCGGCCGCGCCGACGCGCGCCUCAAGGGCGCGUUCCCGCCCUGGCGGCACGGCACGGCCCGCGCGUACGCGCUCCACGGGUCGGCGCCGUUUCGAGCCGCGAACUGUUCCAAGCUUUUUGUGAUGCUGCGCGAUCCCGCCGACCGCACCCUCUCGCUCAUCUCCUACUUCUUCCGCCCGCCCUUCGUUAGGAACCCGACGCUGCUCGCGAAGGCGCGUGCCCUGCUCCAGGACCCGGCGGCCUCGACGCCCGCGGCAUUCGCGGAACUGCUGGACGCCUACGACGCGCGCUUCACCGACCAGACGAAGGGCACAGGGCUCCGCGAGUACGAGGACGUCCUCGGCACAGGGCCACCGGAAGACGCGCUCGCGCCCUUUGUCGUGGGUCUCACGGAAGCCAUGAACGUGUCCCUCGCGCUCUUCGCGGCGGCGCUCGGCUGGCCGCCUGAGGCCGCGUGCCUCCUGCCGACGGCGCGCGCGCGCGAGACCCCUCGCGGCCGAGCCAUCCCUUCGUGGCUCCGGCGGGCCGUCGAGGCGCGCGCGCCCCGCGACGCGGCGCUCUACGCGGCCGCCGUCACACGGCACGAGCGCCAGGUCGCCGAGUACGGCGCCGCCGCGCCGGACCCGGCCGCACUGCGCACAUGUAGUGCGGCCCGCGCCGCGGUCCUCCGCGAGUCCCCGGACCUCGCGCAGGCGCUCGCGCGGCGGCACUUCAAGGACUCGGUCGCCUCGCGCUACUGCCAACUCGCAGCACAGCGGCGGCUUCCUACGUAAAUUGUGAUGUGUUACCAA